AUGGACGUCGGGCACCAAGAUGUGCCCCGGAUCCGAGGCGAGGCCUGGCUUCCGCACUUCAGCCCAGCUUUGGAGCUGAAGCCUUUGGACUUUGCCUUGGCGCCCGCAAUCAUCACGUUCCGCCUUGCAGAUGGGUCUUGUCUGUACUCUGACCAGCACAUGCUGAUACAACGUUCAGAAUACUUUGCCCUUAUGUUUGCAGAGACCUCAUGGCAGGAGGGAGUUACCAAGGAGGUAGAUUUGAGCAGUGAUCCACAUGCAGACCGUUCCUCGAUGGCUGCAGUUCUUCACUACCUUACAACAGGCCAGGUGGCAUGUCAGGAUUUUAGCCAGAUGCUAUCACUCCAUAAGCUCGCAGAUCAGCUUUGUCUCCCACAACUGGUGCACAUGGUCGAGCAGAAGCUUUCAACGUUGCUGACCUCGGAGAACGUGCUGCCUGUCUUGGGGCACGUAGCUGGCAGCGGAAGUCUGUUGGAAACUCAAUGCGGAGAGAUGCUGGCGGCAGAGUCAUUUGCAAUCCUGGAGCAGCAGGGGAGCUUCCUCGACCAAGCAGUCAAAGAGAACACAGAGCUUGCUAAGACUGUUGUGCACUUGUUGUUGAAAGUCGUCCGGGAACAACAUCUGGUGCUCAGUGCCCCCACAUCGUCCACAUAG